UGGCUCUCACUCUUGUACCUGCUCUCCUUCCUGGACCGAACCAACAUCGGUAAUGCACGUGUUGCGCACAUGGAGGAGGCUAUUGGUAUGGGUGGACGCGAUUACAACAACGCCCUGACCAUCUUCUUCAUCUCGUACGCCGGUGCUGAGCCAAUCACCAACCUUCUCCUGAAGCGCUAUUCGCCGCGCUAUUUCUUCACCACCAUCAUCCUGCUCUGGGGUGCGAUCAUGACCGUCAUGGGCUGCGUGCAGAACCAGGCUGGACUGCUCGCUUGCCGCUGGUUCCUCGGUCUUGCUGAGGCUGGUCUGUAUCCGGGUGUCAAUAACAGAAAAUAGCUGCUGGUACAAGCGUCAGGAGCUCGGUUUCCGCGCGGCGCUGUUCUUCUCGGCUGCCGCCCUUGCUGGUUCGU